AUGGAUCGCAAGCGAGGCCUCGGUCCCAGCGCUUCGCGGCGCUGGGGACGUCGGCUCGACGAGGAGAGGAAGCAUAACUACGGCAACGUGCGAGGAAACGAGGAGGUUGGCGGUUGCAACCCGGAAUACAAGUUCGCCGAGAGCUACUUCGACGAGGAGGAUGGGGUGCUGCAGUGGCCGCCAGAGCAGAUGCAGAUCCACACAAGCAACCUCAUAAACUACCUCAAAGGCAAAGACGGCGGACCGUACGGCUCAUACAAGAACCUGCAAGGCCAGUGGAGCGUCAUGGAAAACACAGUCACUGUCAUAUUCGACAGGAUCCAGAGUGACCCCUUUGCGCCCCCGUCUAACAUCCGCAUCCGGCUGCCGAGCGCAGUGCACCGGUUUCCGUCGGACGUGAUAUCGCCUCGGCUGCGCAAUGUGGCGGCUUGCGAUGCGAUUGCCCGCCGUGUGUGCGUGGAGUUGAAGCGCUUGGACGAAGCGGAGAACGGCAGGUUUCGUCGCACCGGCUUCGAGAUGACCAAGCCCCGCCAAUACGUCCUCCCGCGUAAGAGCGUCGUGCUGACGGACGAGCACCUGGAGAUUCGUAUGUACGUCCACAUGCCUGGCAACGGCCGGCGCGUCAACGGCUACCAAGCGGCGCACAUGUUUGCCGACGUGCUUCCGGCGCUCGUGCGUGACGCCCUGCAUUUCGGCGCGUACGACUCCAAGAGGUUCUACGACCACAUCAAGAGCGUCGAGGACCAGGAAUACCUCAGGGCGCAGCUGUCGGAACUGGGCCUGGUUGCCUUCGUGGCGGACGGCUCCAUUCUGCCGCGCGAAAGCGGCAUCAGCGACAAGCCGAUGACCGCUGACGCAGUGCUGCCGUUCAAGUCGCCAGACAGCCUGCAAGUGGCCGUUACGCUGCCCAACAGGGGCCGUGUGGUCGGCAUGGGCCUGAAGCGCGGUGUCACGCUGGUCGUGGGCGGAGGCUACCACGGCAAGACCACGCUGCUAGAGGCGUUGCAGGUGGGGUGCUACAACAAGGUGCCUGGGGACGGCCGGGAGUUCGUCGUCACCUCCCCCAACGCCGUGAAGGUGCGUGCGGAGGAUGGUCGCAGCGUCAGCGGGGUCGACAUUUCGACGUUCAUCGGCACCCUCCCCAACGGCAAGGACUGCCGCGUCUUCAGCACGCCGGACGCCUCGGGCUCGACCUCGCAGGCAGCCGCGAUCAUGGAGUCGGUUGAGAUGGGCGCCGACCUGUUGCUGCUGGACGAGGACAUCUCCGCAGCCAAUUUCAUGUACCGCGACAACCUGAUGGACGCGUUGGUGUGCAAGGGAAGCGAGCCCAUCACCACCUUCCUGCUGCUGGUGCAGGCGUUUUACAAGAAACUGGGCGUAUCGACCAUCAUGGUCUCGGGCUCGUGCGGCCUCUUCAUGGACCAGGCUGACACCGUCAUCCAGAUGAACCAGUACACCUGCCAGGACCAGACCCAGGCCGCACGCGACGUGGCGUCGCGCUACAAGGUCGACCUGCGUGAGCCAAUCGCCGCUGCCGUCAGCGGCAAUGACAUCUUCGAGACCUCGCAACUGAACGGCCGUGUCGUUUCGCCACACACGUUCAAGCGCGAGCAGCAGAAGGUGCGCCAGCACGGCAUGGGCAGCAUACAGUACGGAACGGAGAACAUCGACCUGGGUUUGUUGGAGCAGCUGGUGGAGCCCGGGCAGACCAGCACGAUCACCAACAUCAUCAUCCACCUGGAGAACAUGUUCCGCGAAAACAGAAGCGCUGUGCACAACAAGACACUCCGUGAGCUGCUCGAGCUACUGUACUCCAAAUGGAGCACCUCAAAGGCCGUUGGGUACAACGGCCUCGACGACGUGAACGGGUUCCGGCCAUUCCCCGCGGGUGACUGUUCGAUGCCACGCAUCUUCGAGGUGGCUGCUGCGCUGAACCGCAUGCGCAGCCUCUCGAUCUCCGGGUUCAAAAAGGCCGGCUACCAGCCCCAGAGCUACAGCGCUUUGUCGUGA